AUGACGUGUGUUACAUUUUUCAAGAGUACCCGUUCGGAAGUGCAAUGUAAUGGUGCGAUAUUUUUAGGUAAGUAAUUACUUUUCCCUACCUUGUACAUGGUUGCGAAGGAGAUGUGCUAUAUAGUCAUGUAUUAUAUAUUUUCACUAAUAAAUCCCCGCAAUUUCAUAUCAAGUGUGAAUAUCUACAGUAUACAUUAAAAAAUCUGAUAAAUGAUGUUAGUUUACAUAAACUUAGACCCCGUUUACACGGUACCGGACGAAUUUGGGACCGGUCUGAAAUUCGUCCUUUUUGGCCUGUUUACACGCAAAUUCGUCCUGUCACGGUGGCCGUAAGAGACACGAAAUUCGGCAAGGGUCGACUAACUUUCUGUCGUUAGUUCUGAAUAUCACGAAACUUCCUCACAGGAUGGAACUUGACAUUCCUAAAAAUCGUAUGUUUUUUGUUUUUCGAUAUUGUUACAUUUUGGCGGGAAAAUGAAGCUCCAACUUUGGCGCCAAAAAAUUAAAUUUGAGUUAAGAACAUGCUAGUCACUUUUUUGAAGAGAUUGUACUGUAAGGAUCUCAAAACUGUAAAAACAUUGAACAUACGCCAAAGCAAUGCAGAGAUAUGGUGCUUAAAAAUCUGAAAAAUCCGCCAUUUUGUUACUAAAAAUAUAUUUUUUUCGAAAUUCGAAUUGCCAUAUCUUCGGACUGCCUUGUUGUAUGUUCAAUGUUUUUGCAGUUUUGAGAUCCUUAUGAGACAAUCUCUUCAAAAAAUUUACUGGCAUGUUCUUGGCUGCUGUUUAUUUGUUUGGCGCCAAAGUUGGAACGUCAUUUUCCCGCCAAAAUGUAACAAUAUCGAAAAACAAAAACAUAGGAUUUUCAGGAACAGGAGGGGGUCUCAAAUUCGUCCGGUUCCAUGGUUCUCGUGUGUUUACCCAGCUGAAACGGACGAAUUUUAGUCCGGUUCCAAAUUCGUCCGGUACCGCGUGUAAACGGGAUCUUGUGUACAGACUAUAUUAUGCUGUGAUACAGUCUGAAAAUUCGUGACACUGCUUGUCGACCCAAGCUGCACUUCCCGGAUCUGGGCAAUUGAUUCUGAUUGAUUAAAUCCGUAGAUUCUGAUUAGCUGAGUUCAAACGUCAACAAAGUUCUGACUUUUCUGGCUGACGUAAACAAACCACAUCACGCUCAGUUUUCACUCGUCGUUGUAUUUCAUUUGUUUAAUUGGAUAUCAUAUUAAUCUGCAAUACAUUAGAAACACUUUUGCAUCGGAAAUUUAGUAGUUUGAAGCAUAGACAGACUGAAGUAAAAUGUAUAAUGAACAUCAAUUAUCAAGAAAAUACUAUUUCGAUUUGGAAAAUCAAAGUCCGACGGUCGUUGAUAUUCGUGGGCUUCGGUGGCGAAGUGGUUAGCGCACUUGCCUUUCACCUCUUAAGGCCGCAGGUUCGAAUCUCAAUGAGGACUUCUCAUUGUGACUGGAACCCAGUCCUAAUGUGAAAAGAGUAAGUCAACGCUCUGCCGAAAGUCGUGGGUUUUCUCCGGGCACUCCGUGUUUCCUCCCACAGGGAAAGUUGACAGGGUGGGUUAGGCACAUAACUAUGUAAAUGCACGACCACAUCAGCUAUGUUGCGAAUUUAAUCGUGUUGAAAUAAAUGCUACAACAACAACAACAACAUCGUCUCAUGCAAGCCAAUCAGAAUCUUUUAAGUUGAGUCGUGACCAAUCAGGAUCAACUACCUAGAUCUGUGUCGCGCAGCUGAGGGUCGACAAGCAAUGCCACGAAUUUCCACAGACUGUAUUACACCAUAAUGCAGGCCGUAUAUAGGGGACGUAAACCUUAUAGCUUUGAUUUUCUCUGCGUAGGCGAUGUUGAUUUUCAAAAUCACCUCGCCAUUGAACUCAUAAGAUGGCUCGUUUUUUACUGUCGUUCCAAUCGAAGUGUUCCUCAAAUAUUGAUUCAAUACAUUACCUCAGGUUGACCAAUUCGUUUCAUCAAGUUCCUCGAGAUAUUCAUACACUUCCUGUGAAAGAGCCAAUUCCAAGUAUUUGAUCAUUUCUGGUCACUUCCUUUCUAUUUAUGGUUAGUUGCACAAACAACAAAGGUGAUUGGUGCAUUCAAACUAUUCAACAGGAAGUUUACAAUUAUACUAGGAAGUCUAUGUGAAUAUCUCGGGGAACUUGAUGUAAUUAAUUGGUCAGCCCGAGGUAAUGUAUUGAAUCAAUAUUUGAGGAACACUUCAAUUGCAACGACAGUAAGGUAUUUAGAACACUCGCAGUCCGUGCUCUAUCAGAUAUAAAACACUCGGCUGUUGCCUCGUGUUUAAUGUCCGAGUUUGUUUUCUUUAGGAUUUCUUCUUGGAAACCUUCCUGAAAAUAAGCGAUUAACAAUUUCAAAAGAAUAUGUGUGUGGAGGUGAGUCUUAAAUUUGUUCCUUUUUGCAUUGCAUGAAUUUUCUAAUGUAAAGCAGCCGAUUUUUACCCCAAGGGAAGAUGGGCUUGUUGAAGUUUGUAAUUGGCUAGUGUGUUCGUCGUUGCUUUGAUAUAUCUUCGUUAAAAUAUACCCUUGAGUGUUUACAGGAAUGACGAAACAAGCUACUUUGAGUACCCUAGUGGCUUUUAUUCGGAUUUAGACUAAUUAACAGUUAUUCUGCGAACUCGAGUCGAUCCGAGUUAUAUACUGUAUGAGUGAGUUGUAUUCUAUAGACAACUACUGAAUCGACAUGCAGGCUCAUCUGUAUGGCAAUAUUUUGACAGUUAUACAAUCACCCAAAUUGCCCUAAACAUGAUAAACCGCUGCUGCUAUUUUUUAUAAUACUUAACAAACAUUGCUGAAAACUCGAAUUUUUUUAUAUAUUUAAUGCUUUUUAGCCAAAACAAGUACUUAUUGAUUUUAUAUCUAUAAAUUGACUUUGUUUGUAGUUCAGUUUAAUUUCUUCCCAAAAAUUGUAUUCUGUUCAUGUUUAUAUUUUCACUCUUUCGGCAUCAUUUAAAUUUUUUUUAAACUAAACUAGUUUAUUUUAAUUAAAACUUUAUUUACUAACCUGUAAACAAUUGCUUGUGGUAUUUUCAUUAUGUCUUUGUUCCUCUUAAUACUACACUCUAAAAACACUCUGGUUAAAUUCAACCAGGAAUUGGGUUAAUAAUCCACCCAACACAUUCUGGUUAAAUUUAAUCCAUUUCCUGGUUAAAAAUUAUCAAUUCAACAAAAAUUUGGUACACUUUUUUGGACUUUUAACCAGGAAAAUGGUUAAUUUUUUUUAACCAGACUUGUGUAGGUGGAUUUUUAACCCCGUACUGGUUGAAUUAACCCAAAUUUAACCAGAGUGUUUUUAGAGUGUAUUAAAGUAGAAUAACUUGCUGUUUUCUCGUUCAGAAAACUUGGGUAAUUUUUAGCCGCCAUAUUGUUUUCCCUACUGGCAGGAUAUGAGCAGAUAUCCUGCUAGUGGAGAGCCAAUCAAAUUGCAGAAUAGCUUAUAUAUCCGGUAGUUGCCUAUAUAAUUAUUGUCACUGUUCUCACUGGAACUACAUUAUACGCCCUGCGGAAGACAAAAGGGGCCUCUGAUUUUUAUCUACCUGAUUGUCUUUUCCCAGAAAAGGAACCAUCUCUUCUCACCAUAAUAGAUGGUAGAUAUGGUGUCGUUUCACCAAUAUGCCCGCCAUUGUCUUCAUUUAUCUAGUCAUCGAUCAUUGCAAACCCUCAUUUAACAUAACCACCCAAUCCCUCCCCCUUAUAAAAUGGUUAGUGAUCUUCGCGUUUUAGCACAUUAUAAACUAUAUUUACUGAUUUAUAAAAUAAUAUUCUUGCAGCUCUCAUCACGUUAUUAAAAGAUUCUUCAGCCAAUGUCAGAUGUAAAGCUGCCGAAGCUAUGAGCUUAUUGUACGACUACUAA